AUGCCCAGCAACUACAUCGAACUGAAUGAGGCAUGGCGCAACGUUCAACAGACCAAUGAUGGUAGAGAGAUUAGAUGUGACAGUGGGUUUGCCGGAGAGUGGUACCGCUUCACGGGUGCUGCGGGAGAUGUCAUGCCGACACAGGCACCACCGAGCACGUACAUGUGCAGCUCCGCCGCCCCGAUGUGGAUGAACGGACAACAUCCCACCCUUGCUGACGGUGAAGUCUCCCGCCAGGUGUGUGCGUACUACAGUGGUGACACCUGUGAGUGGGACACAACCAUCCAGGUGCGGGCCUGCAGCGGCGGCUACUUCGUGUAUAAACUCCCCCCCGCUCCUAUGUGCGACCUGACCUACUGUGGGACCCAGUUGCUGAUUCGUGAGUGA